GCUGAGGGUGCGCUGAAGUGUAGGAAUUCCUCCCGCUCUGGAGAACUCAGAGGAGGGGGCGGGGCUUAGGGCGUCCGCAGCCUGGGGAGGCGGGUCAGUUGUCGCUAUCGGACUCCGCUUGCGCGUGCGCGUGCGCGAUGCGCACCUUCCCAGCGCUGUUUUCUGCUGCAACAUGGAAUUAAGCGCCGCGCGGCAAACAAUACUGCAACUACUUGGUACCGUGGCUCCGGCCGACCGCCCAGCGCUGCUCGAGUGGAUGCGAACUUCCCGAGAUUUUGAUGAGUUCACUCACGAUAAUAAUGACAGUAUGUUGAAAAGCAUAGCAGAAGAUCUUCGGAAUUGCUUACCUCUAGAAACCAUGCUUUCCUCAGAACAUCUAGCCCUCCAAAAAAUCCAGCAGCGGCCAGAACCCACAGUUCAUGUGGAUGCAUUCCUUUAUGAUGAAGAUUCUAUUGAUUCAUUAUGUGAGGAAGGAAAAAUGAGCAGAAACUAUUGUGUGGUGUGUGGCUCAUACCAGACAGCACCUUUAGGUCAGCACUCAAGAUUUAUUUCUCAUUCCUUCUCUCUCAUGGAAUUGAAGUUCAUUUACCAUCACGUACUCCCUGAUCUGUCGGGAAAGCUCUUGGUUGAUGUCGGCUCCAGGCUUGGCACAGUUCUUUAUGGGGGUUAUCUUUACAGUUCAGCAUUGCAGCUGUAUGGAGUAGAAUUGAAUGGAGACUUUUGCCAGUUGCAGGAAAUGAUCAUAAAAAAAUACCAGUUCACUGAUAGAAUAAAGGUGCUUCAUGCAGACAUCUGUACCCAGGAUUCACUUCUGCAAAAUGCUGAUGUUAUUAUAAUGAAUAACGUCUUCGAAUAUUUUCUUGAUGAGGCAGAACAGGCCAGAGCCUGGGAAUGUAUCAGCCAUAACGUAAGGAAACAAGGAUCGUUAUUGGUGACAGUACCAAGUCUUGAAGAGUCUCUCUCAGGUCUUCAGGUUAGUAUACAGUUAUCUUCCUGGGUUGAAGAGGUACCACUGAACUAUGAUGUAUACCCAGAAAAGGAUAUUAACAGGGAAGCUCUUGAACAAAUACAUUUAUAUAAGAUUCUCUAGCACUAAAAUAGUCCUACUGCAAUAUAAUGUUUUUUGAGUAUUACAAAAUAAUGAAAAAGAAACAUAACCCCAACACCCAAACACCUAUUUUUUGUGUGUAUUCCUUUCUAGUCUUUGUACAUAUGUUUACAUAUUUAUAAAUAGUUGCAUUUGUAUAUUUGUAACUUUGAUUUGUGUGAUAAUUUAAUUAAAAUACU